CGGACAACUGUCCUGCAUUCCCAGAGCGAAGACACCCGUCUGUUGCGGAUUUCUGCGAAGCUGUAUGGUGUAGUAACUCUUUAGACUUUCUGGCAAAUGUCAACGCACGCCAGCGGAGCCGCAGAUAACAUGUCUCUGCAGCACUAAGGUCGACUGGAGUAGACAAGUUCAGACCGUGCCGCCCCGCUUGGCGAUGCAACGCUACGGUUUAGAGUAACGAGAGGCGAACUGUUUUUCUGGUCCGUGCUUCAUCUAUAAAACACCAAUUCCUUGCACAGUUCAAUUUUUUGUGGGAAUCCCUGUAUCCUUCUACUUUUACCCGGAGUCUAGUUUCUUUUCCAUCCUGCAAUGUGAAGGUGGCACUAAGAACUGCAGCUAAAGAGCAGUUUGUCUGGUCGUGCCCGCUAAAUGCCCUUGUUCAGGCGCGGAGAUUAUUAACGAACAACAAUGUUUAAUUAACUUUUUGCUUCUGCAGGAGUCUCGCGGAACUGUGCAAAAGUGAAUCCACGACGCACACGACUGACCGCCCCGUGGUGGACCGCCGACUUCCACGCACGCCCUCUGGGGCAGUAUAUGCACACACACGGUUCCAUCGCCUCUGCCUACGUAUUGAGGAAUUAGGUGCAAGCUCUCAUUCGGAGUGCUUGAUGAAGUGCACAGAGGUGACAACGCUUGCCCUACUUACAGCUUCCGUAGAUAUAUCCACUGGCAGCGUGUGGUGACAUCACGCCGACUGCACCGUGACGCGUGACGAUACCAUAGUGCCCGCCCGGUAGAGGUAAUGAACUCGCAGGGCGCCUCAAAAGCGAACGGGAGUGUGUCGCUGGUAUUUCUCUGCAGGCAGUAACCGCGCCAUUAGUUACAGCAGCGUUCAGUGGAAGGAGACGAAUCGCCGCAAAGGAUGCCGGAGUAGUGCCCAAAGUUUUGUAAAGCUCGUUUUGUUUCCGUACUCCGCGGAGAAGCAUCGAAUCUAAAACGCGCGGACGGGGAACGCACGGCAAAGACGGGGGUUUUACGACUCGUUUGGUAAUCCAUGGAUCAAUGCACUUUGGACCCCACUUUUACGUAAGGCUUCCAAACUCACACCAAGUGUACACCCCCGCGCUGAAGCACAGGUGACACCUCUCUGGAUCAACGACUGCAGCGGCACAAGAACGGGGAGAGCCACACACGAAGCAGAAAGGCGGCUAGCCGAGGUGACCAAGAGCGCAGGGUAAUGCAGGUAUACGCUGGAGAGUCGAACUUUUUGCUGACUCUCCGGACACGCACAGUUGCCGUCGAAUUUUGUUCUUUCAUGUGCCUCGUUUCAGACAAGCCGCUGUCCUUGAGUCCGGGAAAAUCCACUCUCAUGGGCAUUCGUCUUCGCUGUCUUAGUAGCCAACCUACCCGCAUACGCGGGUGACUGAUCUUUCCCUGCACGGGGCACCAACAUCGAUUCUUGUGAGUCUGCUGCCUGGCAUUACAAAAGUUCCAGUGAUGUUUGAGUGGGAGGAACGUGCAUCUUUUUCUUGCAUGCAGUAGUGUUGUUGAGCUCUCUCUACCAACGUCAGUAGGUUGUCUUCUCUGGCCAACCUCAUUGUUCCAGGCUUCCUGGCUCUGCUUGACAAAAUGAAGCUCGCUUCGGUAGCAAUGCUUCUUUCCAUAUUUGCCUAUGCCUCUGCAAUGGACGCAGACCAAGCUACCGCCCCAAAGUUUUUCAAGAAUGCACGAAAGGAGCAGCAGUUUCCGUUUGGACAGUACAACAUCGUGUGGUUCAGUUCCAUCCGCGGGACGGGCACUGAGAACAUCGCUUAUGUGUAUCCUGGAUGGAAGGUGGCGAUCGAAUGCAACAAUGCCAAGAACUGGGUCCCUGAAGACUUCAAAAAGCUGGUUUGUGAGGGAAAAGGCAGUAGUUGCACGAGUAAGAAGACUCUCCAAGCCCUCUUUCCUGGUGUGCCGGACUCGCACCAAUGGUGGACGGGGGGUGACGGCAUAAAAGAACCUGCUGUACUCAACGUGCCGGAAAAUGUCCCUGUUUCAAAAACAUUCUCGUUCAGAUGCGAGGCGAUAGAGGACUCAAAGGCAAAGGACCAGUCUUACAUCAUCACCCUCGUGACAGAAGAAGCACCAGAAAACGCAAACUUCAGGGCUUAGGCGACACCGCAAGCAGCACUUCAGUGGAAGCGGAGGCGCGUAAUAUUUUGUGGCAGAUGGAUGGCGUAAUCUUGAGUGGGCGUUCGGAAAGUGAACUCUUCUGCCAUUCAUGUCAAACCUCGAGCUGCCCUGUCACUCGCGAGGGGAAGUGGGGGCAUGAGGGUGACUCCAUUCUGGCAGGAUCAUAGACAAUGCGGGAAGCGGUCAGCAUUUUGCAGGGCGACACCGAAGUCGGUGUAACGAACCUCGUAUGGAAAAACAGGCAUUUAGCACUAUCUUGUGGCAAAGCCAUCUCACGUCGUUUGUUUUGAAGAGCCCCAACUCCGAAAAUGCAGCAGGCAGUCGUUGAUCAUGCCCCGCUAUGCUUUGAAUGGCUGCACCAAUACAGGUUUUCUCUGGAGGGGCGGUCUAUUUCAUGCGUCGAAACAAACCCUUUUGUGCUUGUGGCACUGCUGCGAGAGUGUGUCGUGGAAUAGGGAAUUGUGGGACCCUCUGAAUCUGUUCUUGCAGAGAAUCGCGGGUGAUGAGAGUGCAGUAACAUGGUGGAGCGUACUGGCCACAUCAGUUUUCUCGUGACUGCCCACUUCAAAUCUGCCGAGUGUAACAAGCGGUGCUUGCUCAUCCUGGGGACAAAACAGGUACCCGAGGAAAGGGGGCGCCGCCGACAUAAGUCAUGCUUUCUAAGGGCUGGAUCGUGUUCUCGAAUGACAGAGGACCCCAACCGUGUCCUCUUCUCACACACCAUCAAACUGCUCAAAACAUCUCUACAAAUUGCCUCUCGAGCAGAGCUUGCUACUGGUCGGGUCGCAAUGCCAGUC